GUACGUCAUGCUUGCUACUCGAAUGGAAGCUUGAUUUUCCAUUCCUUGAGUUUAUAUAGCUAGGUGGGUGGGCUGUCGGUAGGUAUGUACGAGUAGACAAACUACUACUCUACCUAGCUCCUUCCCUUCAAAAAUUAAAGUCAAGCUUAAUUUAUCAUUCUGCUGAAGUUGUGAACGAUGCUAAAGCUCGAUUAACGAAACAAGACGAGACUACUCCCACAAAUCUAUCUUCGCAAUACCCAACGCGUGAUACUCCAGAGACCAAAGAUACCCAUAUCCUCAUCCUGCUUUGUUUGGCUCGCUCAUAUUGGCCUCCUUGUGAAUCAACACCACCUAUUUUCUUGACAAAGUCAACGAACCUCAGCAGAAUCAUAUUCAAAUAUCCUACUUGACUUCUUGAUUUCUGGCAGAUCCAGCCUACACAGUUUCACGAUGAGUCCUUCAUUUGCUCAAGCGAAUCCAUUCGCGCGACGAGAUACCCAUCCACUUCAAGCAAUCUGGACAUAUAAAAUAUGCACAAUUAUAUCCUGGUUGUUGGUGGUAGUGGUCACCUUUUACUACAACUUCAACGCACCUCAAGAUGACAAGCACAGUUGGCGUCAUACCAUUUGGGAGCAGAAUAAGAUACAUCACACUCCGUUUGCUAUGAAUGCUUUCAUUGCUUCAUUUUAUUGGCUAUUCCUCUUCAUUCUUCAAAUUGGAUAUGUCCUUCAUCUGUUCAGCGACGAGGUUGAACAUGUCAACGCCGCAGCAUCAGUUGGAAGUCAUUUCAUUGUCAACAACCUCUUCCAAUUUGCCUUCGUCAUGUUGUUCGUUCGAUCUCACUUCGUAUGGGCUGAGAUCAUAUUGAUCAUCAAUUUUUUCAACCUUUCUUCUCUUUACUUCCGUCAUAACACUACCCCAAGAUUUAUUCAUAUGCCCGCUACCUCUGGCCCACUCGCUUGGACAUUCGUAGCUUUAUACUGGAACGGAGCUAUUGCCGUUGGAGCUCACAACCUUCCUGCACGUAUCAUAGCAAAUGUUGCAAUCUGGGGUAUCUUAGUAUAUGGACUCUUCUUCCUUGCUGCUUACAAGGAUUACACCAUGGGAUUUGCUCUUAGUAUCAUCACGGCAGCCAUCGGAGUUGGCCAAUUCUUCACAAAAGUAUUUGCUCUUCAGUGGAUCUUUGCCUUUACCAUAAUGGGCACGCUUUUCCUUGCUACGUUGAUAGUUGCUGUUCCUGGAAUUUUCGGCAAGGAGAUUUCAUUCAGAAGGGAAACUCCAUUCGCCUCUGAGGAUCAAGAGAGAGCCCCUCUUUUGGACGACCACUAAAUUCAUGGAAAAUGGCUGGGCUCUUGUGGUUUCAAUCAUUACCUAGGUAUCACUUGUUCAUGGAUAUCUUAAUAUUACGAGGGUUGGUCGAAAUCUCAACAACGAACUUGACGCUGGAGGGGUUUAAAAUAGUAGGGGAAGUUUGUAAUGUCAUGUCAUGGAGACCCUCUGGGUUAAUAGUUGUUACGCAUGGAUUUGGGGGAUAUUCUUCCAUUAUUAUUUCUUCUCUUGGUCUUUUGACAGAUAAUGCGAAAUCUAUCCCAAUUCUAGGUUCAGGGUUAUCAGACAAAUUGAAUCUAUAUGUGCAUCAAAAUUACAUUAUUCUCCUUCA